AAACGAUUGAAUUAGUUCAUACUUGCUGUCAUUUUCUUAGAAUCGUCACUUUUACUCGCACAAAUUCAAAUCCAUCUCAGAUUCCGAUCAAAUUCUGGAUUGAGUGCUUAAUCAGUUGAUUGGAACACUGAUCAAAUGGCAUCUGUGGUUCAGCUCCUGCCUCCUGUUGUGCCAACCAACAAUAAACUGUUUGGAUAUCGAAAACCCUACCAAAGAUGCAACGUUUAUCUUAAACGCAUUCAGCCCAUGCCAGUUUUGUGUGCAAGUACAUCAGCAUGGGAGCAAACACCUGUUAAAUAUGCUCCAACUGAUUCAAAUACGAAAGGUGAAUUUCUCAAGGGAACCACUACUAUUUUCGAAACUUUAACUUCUCAAGAGAAGGAUGAAGCCUCUCAGACUAAUAGCAUAGAAGCCACAGAUGUAAGCAAUCAAAGCGUUCAAAUUUUGAACCUUAAAUGGCCUAUGUGGCUUUUAGGGCCAGUUUUUCUAGUAGCAACAGGAAUGGCUCCCACUUUAUGGCUACCCACAUCAACCAUUUUCCUCGGACCAAACAUAGCCAGCUUAUUAUCACUUACUGGCCUAGACUGUAUAUUCCAUCUCGGGGCCUCUAUAUUUCUCCUCUUAGCAGAUUCCUGCAGUCGCCCAAAAGACCCAACCGAGGUUUGCCAUAGUCAGGCUCCCUUAAGUUACAAGUUCUGGAACAUUCUCGCUUCCACUACAGGCUACUUAAUUCCCUUGGCCGUUCUGUUUCUUUCCCAGAAUGUGGUCUCCUUUCAACCAAAUGUUCCUUUGAUGUCUUUUUCAAUUCUAUUUGGUCCCUACCUCCUGCUUCUGUCGAUACAGAUGCUGGUGGAGAUGCUGACAUGGCACUGGCGAUCACCGGUAUGGCUGGUGACACCGGUUGUGUAUGAAGCUUACCGUGUGCUGCAGCUCAUGAGAGCGCUGAAACUUGGGGCGGAGCUGAGUGUUCCUGUUUGGAUGUUGGAUACAGUUAGGGUGUUGGUUUGUUGGUGGAUAAUGGUACUUGGUGUGCAGCUUAUGAGAGUUGCUUGGUAUGCUGGAUUCACUGCCCGUGCUUCUCAACAGCAGCAAUAAGGAAACAAGUAAGUUUGUAAAUGUAUAGAACAGCUAUAAGGGAUCCUCUGCAUAAUUGUUGGCCUGCCAAAACAAAGGCAAAUGGAAUUUGUAGAAGAAAUAAAGGUAUGGAUUAAUAUUUAAGUUAUUGUAGAUACUUAUGAAUGUAUCUUCUUACUAUAUAUAUUUUUUAUGAUAGAUAAUCAAAAAAUAGAAAUCAUGUUAAAGUGGGGUUAAAAACUUGUUUAUUGUGAAAAAAUAUGCAUGUUUAUGAUGAUCCAUUACAUAUAGGCCACAUUAUGUUUGUUAUAAAGAUGUAGAAAUUGAUUUAAGCUAGAAUUGAUAUAGUUAGUAUAUAAUUUAUUUCAAUAACAGCUUUUCUUUUAUGGUUUAUGACUAA